AUGCGUUCCGCCCUCAUCACCGCCCCCAUCGUCGACGCCCGUCGUGCGCGCGUGCACCGUCACGCGUCGAUCACGCGCGCGCGCGAUUACCCCAAACCCGACCUCGACGUCCCGUCGAAUGGAAACUAUCAAGAGUCCAAGGCGCUGAGCCAAAAGCUGAAAUCCAUCGCGUUGGCGGAGCGCAAGAGCGUGUUAAUCAUCGGUGGCGGCCUCGCGGGACUGUCGUGUGGAAAAUAUCUAUCAGACGCGGGCGCGCGACCGAUCGUGGUCGAGCGGAAUAAGAUGUUGGGGGGUAAGGUGAGCGCGUGGCGAGACGCGGAGGGCGACUGGAUAGAAACGGGCUUGCACAUUUUCUUCGGCGCGUAUCCAAACAUGAUGAACCUGUUCGCCGAGCUCGGAAUCGAGGAUCGAUUGCAGUGGAAAGAACACUCGAUGACGUUCGCGAUGAAGGAUUACCCAGGGGAGUUUACCAAGUUUAAGUUUCCGGAGAACGUGCCGGCGCCGUUUAACAUGGCGUACGCUAUUUUGUCAAACGAUAAGAUGUUGACAUGGACGGAAAAGUUACGCACGGGGGCGCCGUUGGUGCCCAUGCUCGCGGGUGGUCAAGGGUACAUCGACGCCCAGGAUGAGCUCAGCGUGGAGGAGUGGAUGAAGAAGAAUUUCAUGCCCAAGCGCGUGAGCGACGAAUUGUUCAUCGCCAUGGGUAAGGCUCUGGAUUUCAUCGACGUUGACAAGCUUUCGAUGACUGUUAUUCUCACCGCGAUGAAUCGAUUUAUCAACGAGACACACGGUUCAAAGACAGCCUUUCUGGACGGGAAUCAACCCGAUCGACUAUGCGCGCCGAUGAAGGAGCACAUCGAACGCGUCGGUGGCGGUGAGGUGAUGGUGGACACUCCGAUGCAAGAAAUUCUGACGGAUGUCGAGGGAAAUGUCGAGGGCGUAAAGUUGCGAAACGGCGAGAUUCUCACCGCCGAUCACUACGUGUCCGCUAUGCCCGUCGAUGCGCUCAAGUUGAAAUUACCCGACGCGUGGAAACCGAUGCCUUUCUUCAAGCAGCUCGAUGAACUGGAGGGAAUCCCGGUCAUCAACGUUCACCUCUGGUUCGAUCGUAAGCUUCGUCCGUACGACGGUUUAGUCUUCAGUCGUUCUCCAUUGCUCAGCGUGUACGCUGAUAUGUCGGAGUGUUGCAAAGAGUACACAGAUUCCGAGCGCUCGAUGCUCGAGCUCGUGUUUGCUCCGUGCGACAAAAGGGCGGGGUCUGAUAUCAAUUGGAUCGGCGCAAGCGAUGAGGAGAUCGUUGCCGCGACGCUGAAGGAACUCGAAAAGCUGUUCCCGGACGAGCUCGGCAGCAACGGUGGCGCGAAGCUUCGAAAAUCCGCCGUGGUCAAAACGCCGCGAUCCGUGUACGCCGCGAUUCCGGGGAGGAACAAGUUCCGUCCGUCCCAGCAAACGCCCAUAAAAAAUUUUACGUUGGCUGGUGACUUUACGAGUCAAAAGUUUUUAGGUUCGAUGGAGGGUGCCGUGCUGUCGGGGAAGCUCGCCGCGGAGGUGGUGGCAGAAACGUUAGCCGGAUGCGAACCCACGCGCGGUAUUAAACCCGUGCACGAAUCCGUCAGAGUGUAG